AUGGUCAUCGCCAAGCCUCUCGCCGAUCUUGUCGGCACGGAACUCCGGGAAAUAGGACAACUCUCACUCGUCAAGGCAAAGUUCCUGUGCCGCCAACGUGGUGCAGACGGAUUGGCAUUUCUCCGAGUCCACCAACAAAUCCCUAUCAUUGGAAGCGAGUACCAUCAAGUGGCGAGCCGCGCUGCCCAGGCUCUGCAAGGCAUCUUUGAAACCAACGAGCUACGGGCUUUGAAACAGCUCACCGAGGGGGGUUGUACGGUCGUACCCAGGCUUUUGGGAUAUAAAUUCGAGCAACAAGACAACACGGUGAUAGUCCCAGGUGGUUUCAAGACAUUCGUCCUUUGGGAAAAGGUGACAGGGGAAUCUUUAGAGUUGAAUCAGUUUUGGACCUACCCUUUCGCGGAACGACAAGAGAUUCGCGAGAUUUUCAAAUCAUGCUACCAAGAGCUUCAAGUAUUUAAUUAUGCUCCGGGCUUCCCGCAGAUGACGAAUAUCAUUUACGAUCGGUCGACUAAGGAGAUGCACAUUGCCGGAUUCAACAAUGCGGCGCGAUUACGUGGUUCAAGAGCGUGGACAGAUGGGAUUUAUGUGAGCAUGGAUCUUGUAAGGGGCCCUAGCGGGUCGUUCGACAGGUAUUUUCCCAUACAAGCGACGGAUCUACAACAUGAUAAAGAAGGCUACAGAUGGUGA